CAGCCAUUGAAGAUAGCCGAGCCGUUGGUCCGCGCUCCGGAGUUUCUGACAAAUUUAUUUUCUUUACGCGAUCCCAGCGCAGCAAUAACCAACCAAAUGGAGAUGAAGAAGAGGAUUAGCUUAGAGCUGAGGAACAGAACUCCAGCAGAGGUAGCAGAGCUGGUGGUGGAUAACUGUCGCUCCAGUGAUGGGGAGAUUGAAGGCCUGACAGAUGAUUUUAAGGAGCUGGAGUUCCUCAGCAUGGUCAACGUGGGUCUUACAUCUCUGGCCAAACUACCCUCACUACCAAAACUGAGGAAGUUGGAGUUGAGCGAUAAUAACAUCUCGGGGACACUGGAGACUCUUGCUGAGAAAUGCGCCAAUCUGACCUACCUUAAUUUGAGUGGCAACAAGAUCAAAGAGCUCAGCACACUGGAGGCCCUGCAAAACCUAAAGAACCUGAAGAGCUUGGACCUGUUUAACUGCGAGAUCACCACGUUGGAGGACUACAGGGAAAGCAUCUUCGAGCUGCUGCCUCAGGUCACAUAUCUGGACGGCUUCGACGCUGAAGACAACGAAGCUCCAGACUCGGAGGCUGACGAUGAUGACGAUGAUGAGGAUGGUGACGAAGGAGCAGGGCAGCUGGGAGAGUACGAGGAAGAAGAGGAGGAGGAUGAGGAAGGUUCAGAGGGUGGAGAAGUUGGGCUGUCCUAUCUAAUGAAAGAGGACAUCCAGGACGAGGAAGAUGAUGAUGAUUACGUAGAAGAGGAAGAGGAGGAAGGCGGCGAGGAAGAGGCUGAUGUUCGAGGAGAGAAGCGAAAGAGGGAGGCAGAAGACGAGGGUGAAGAUGACGAUGAAGACGACGACUAACCCUUUUUCUGACUCCUUGGAAAACCGUAUCCAAGCUUUAGAUCAACCCUGAAAAAGACCGUGAUCUUGCAGAUUGUUUUUUUUCUCUUUGUAAACCAUAGAUAAAUCACUGUAGAGGCUAAGUGUUUUCUUUUAUAAAUGCGUUAUAUAUUAUUACACUAUAUAAUAAGGGGGUUUAUUGACAAUUCAGUUAUAGCCAUUCCAAGUUUAUUCCCAACAUGUUCAAUCAGUGUCGUCGGGUAAGUGGGCGGGGAUCGGUUGGCGAGGGCGUGAGCUUUGAGAUUUCCUGAUUGUAAAUACAGCGCUAGGAUUUCACCACUGAGAGGAGACGGCAGCGAACGUUUGUCCAAAUCCACAAACUCCUCUGUGAGGAAGCAGAGCGUUUCCUGCUCCUCUUCUACCUCUCCGGGUCUCAUGCUCCGCCUAUCACGGAGCAGCCAGCCAAUCAUCUCCAACCGUCAACCCCCCUUAGUUCCAGGAUCCACCAAUCGCUGCCAAGGAUCUCGUGUCAGUCUCUUUAUAUGGGAACGGACUCCACUUUUCUUGUAGAUCCGGCUCGUGUCGGCAGGCCAGAUGGUAUGUGAUCUUGUGAGAAAUUUUAUGUAUGUAAAUGUGAUGUGAAGGAUCGUUGGCAAAUCAAAUUUCAGUUUUAAUCUCCAAGUAGUUUUUUAAUAAAGAGAUGGAUCAUGUGCAACCUAUGAGCAGUUCGCCCUUUCUCAGCUUUUAUGCAGAAGCCACCUAUUUUUGAAAAUGUGUCAUCCUUGACGUUAAAUCAAAUAUAAAUGACGAUUUGCUAAGAGAAAGGCUUUCGCUGGAAAUUUCUCACCAUGUUCAGGUUGAACAGCUUUGUUGGAUUAAAUGGCACCCUUGAGUACCUUUCUACCUUCUGUCUUGGUGUGAAACAGGUUAGUUUCUACCUUUCGUUGUGAGGUAUUUUACAAAGUAAUACCUUUAAUCUAAUGUUCGUAUGGCAAUAUGUAUAUAGUAUCUGUUUCCUUUCUUUUUUUUUUAAACUAAUCUGUUUGGUCAGUUGUUUUAAUACAAAGCACACGUCAAAGGAUUUACAUACACGCAGGUCACCUGUUUCAAUUUCAAGUACUUGGUUGUUGUGCGAGUGUAGUGUUUGGGGGUUUCAUGUGCUGUAAACCUCUCUAAAAGGGUUUUAGUUUUGUUGUUGGAUUUUGAUGUUUUGUUUUGAGUUUAGAUUCCUCUGUCUCCUUUUUUAAGCUCCUUUGUCCAGUUAUGAGCUCCACUUAAUUUAGAUGUAACGAAUGAGUGAUUUGUCCUUUUGAUUAUUAAAGUUAUCUUGUGUUCUUUGUCUGCUAAAGAUUUCUCUAAUUUGACCACAAAAUAUUGCUCAAACUGAGACCCACGAGCUCUGUCUGUACGCCUCAAACACGGGUGAAUAAGCACUGUUUCUAUUGUCUGGAGUUGAUAGGAAUAAUGUGUUCUGAUUAAAAUGCCGGUGAUGUUUUAAUCCUGUUUAUUUUCUUUUUAGAUGAUAUUGACAAAUUUAUAGAACCCUUUCAAUGAGUGCAACCUGGUGUAAGUUUGAUGUGGAAAAUAAAGGAAAAACCUGUCACCCUAA